CUUCCUCGUCUCUUCCAACUCGAUCACACCCGUCACUACUAGUACUACUCCGUCCCCAGUCCAACACCGCAGCUACUCACAUCGAUCAUCAGUCCUACUGCUCCAUCGAUCGCCUCAGCUGAUCUCCGGUCGGCCGCUAGCUAGCAAGCUUCAUAGCCAUCUACGCGCGUCCCGGGAAAUAGUAGAGAAGGAGAUCGAUUGAUCCAUCGGGCGGCCAUGGGGAGGGCGCCGUGCUGCGACAAGGCGACGGUGAAGAAAGGGCCGUGGUCGCCGGAGGAGGACGCCAAGCUCAAGGCCUACAUCGACGAGAACGGCACCGGUGGCAACUGGAUCGCGCUCCCACAGAAGAUCGGGCUGAAGAGGUGUGGCAAAAGCUGCAGGCUGAGAUGGCUCAACUAUCUGAGGCCAAACAUCAAGCACGGGGACUUCAGCGAAGAAGAGGAGCACAUCAUUUGCAGCCUCUACAUUAGCAUUGGCAGCAGGUGGUCGAUCAUCGCGGCGCAGCUGCCGGGAAGGACAGACAAUGACAUCAAGAACUACUGGAACACCAAGCUCAAGAAGAAGCUCCUCGGCAAGCGCGCGCCCUCCCGCCGCAUGCGCGGAGGCCAAGACGCGUCAACGACGCCCUACUCCUCCUAUCUUGCGACGGCCACGGCGAGCGGCAGCGGAGGCAACAACGUUAACGGCGCCGCUGCGGCGACAUCGCACGCAUCCCUGAGCUCGUCUGCGCUCGAGCGCAUCCAGCUCCACAUGCGCUUGCAGGGAAUCUACAGUGCGUUCGGCUGCGGCGCCAUGGCCGGCAACGCGCCACCACAGUGGCCGAAGCUCGAGUCUCCGACGGACGCCGUCGCCACGACGACUCUCAGCGCGUACCACCAACCUCAGAGUUUGGUCGCUGGUCACACCCUGUCCGCCGCUGAGGCGGAGCAACUCAACUCUUCCUCCGGUGCGACCUACAUGCCGGUGCCGGGUAGCUUCGAGGAGCGAUCCAAGCUAGGGUUCUGCUCUCCUGCCGGCGAGGCUUCCGACGUGUCCAGCACCGUCGAGAUGAGCUCGGAACCACUGGUGGGUGGUGGCUUGGGCUAUGUUGACGAGCUAUACGACUUCCUCUACAGCAAGCAGCUAGCGGCGGUCGGAGGUUUUCAAGGCGGAGUUCCUUCACUGCCAGAGCUGCAGUGUCCAGAUGGCGGUGCCGUCGUCGGAGCGGAUGAGAGGUUCUCGACGUGGAUGGCGUCUUGCGACUAUGUUCCUACGACCGGCGCCAGUCAGCUCCAGCCCCAACAAGGCAGCAACUCCAUUAAUCUGCAGGAUUUCGUGCUAGGGUAUGAUCAAUAAUAGUUUGUGUGCUAGUUACAGUACAUUACUCCAUUACGUAUACAUUCCAAUGAUCCACUUGAUAGGUUAUAAUAUGCAUGUAUGUUUCGAUCUGUCGAUCUUAAACUUGCUUGUUAAUACACAUUUGUAAGUAUGUAUGUGAUAUUGUGAUUCAGUGCUAUUGGUUUAAUCCAUAUAUUCUUUAAAGAUCA